CGGGGCCGCCUUGCGGGAGCGGUUUGUGGGCGUCAGGUUGCCUAGUCCUACAGUUCGAGGCUCCCUCUGGAUGAGAAUUGAGCUGUCAGUGCUGCCAGGAAACCCGGGGUUACAGCACGACGGGGUCCGUGGCUCCAGGUGGAAGAACGUUUUUUGCUGUUUAAAAGUACCACACAGCGAAUGAGCUAAACUGUUGACCAAAUACCAUUUUCUGAUAUUAAAGAAAUGAUCCAACUAUAUUGGAUGAAAUAAAGACGACUUGAAUAAAGGGAGAAACCUGUUCCUAGAGGGCCUGAUAAUGGAUCAUGCAAGGCAGCCUUUGCGAAGUGGAUCCACUCUCACUGUGCUGGCAUUUCAUGCUACUGAGUCUGUGAAACUAACCAGAUUUUGAACUGGGUUAAAUUCACUCCAUGAGUAGCUGUCAGGGUCAUCAGCAAGCUUGCCUUCCUCCUAUGGGAACCUAACAUGUCCCACUCCAUUGUCUCAGACUGCAACACUGUUGCCCAAUCACAGAUAUACGUCUUGAUCCUCAAACUAAAUAGAAAGCUUCAGGAAGGAAUGAAUGAUGAAGCUCUACAUAUAGUAGCUGUUCAAUAAACCUGUAUGAAAGAUGAGAAAGAAUUUCAUGGAGACUCCACUAACCUAAAUAUUGGUGUUUGAUUUCACAGAGUAAAUUCUUUUUGAGAAGAAGUACUACAUGCUAAUCAUGAAACUUCAAACCAUGUAGAAGCAUAUGAAUUAAAAAGUGAAAGUCCUUCCCUCUACCCACAUUUAGCCAACUGUUAAUAGUUUGGUGAAUUCUCUUGCUGACUUUUUUCAGAAACUUACGGAUAUCCAAAAAUGACUGAGACCGAGCAGGCAGAGGCCCAGCUCUCUGAGUUAGAGCUGCUAGCCAGUAUGUUCCCCGGUGAGAAUGAGCUUGUCGUAAAUGACCAGCUGGCUUUAGCAGAACUGAAAGAUUGUAUUGAAAAGAGGACAAUGGAGGGACGAUCUUCAAAAGUUUACUUUACUAUCAAUAUGAACCUGGAAGUAUCUGAGGAAGCAGUGGUAAUGUUUUCUCUGGCCUGUAUUCUUCCCUUUAAAUACCCUGCAGUUGUGCCCGAAAUUACUGUCAGAUCAAUAUCAUUAAGUAGAUCCCAGCAGACUCAGCUGAACACAGAUCUGACCACAUACCUGCAAAAGAAUUGUCUCGGAGAUGUCUGUAUAUUGAAUGCCACAGAGUGGGUUAGAGAGCAUGCCUCUGGCUACGUCAGCAGAGACACCACACAUUCCCCAGCUCCAGGAAGCACAGUCCAGCCAGUCGAUCUCAUUCUCACGAGACUCUGGAUCUAUAGCCAUCACAUCUACAACAAAUACAAAAGAAAGAAUAUUCUAGAGUGGGCAAAGGAGCUUGCCCUAUCGGGGUUUAGUAUGCCUGGGAAACCUGGUGUUGUUUGUGUGGAAGGCCCACAAAGUGCCUGUGAAGAAUUCUGGUCAAGACUCAGAAAAUUAAACUGGAAGAGAAUUUUAAUUCGCCAUCGAGAAGACAUUCCUUUUGAUGGUACAAAUGAGGAAAUGGAAAGACAAAGAAAAUUUUCAAUUUUUGAAGAAAAGGUGUUCAAUGUUAAUGGAGCCAGAGGAAACCACAUGGACUUUGGUCAGCUUUAUCAGUUUUUAAAUGCCAAAGGAUGUGGGGACGUUUUCCAGAUGUUCUUUGGUGUGGAAGGACAGUGACUCAGCAGAGGAGUAGUUGAAAGUGUUUUGUCACUGUUGGCCUUUUAAUUUUUUCCCCACUCUCUUUUGAAAGACUAAGUAAUUUUACUUUAGUCUCAUUCUAGAAUGUUAGGGGGAAAAAAGAGAAAAAGUAGUAUAACUGAAAUGCAUCUGUUAAAAAUGUCAUGAUUGAAAGCACAACUGAGUUUCAAAUUAUAAUCUUAAAAUUGUUGAUAGAAAUUUCUUGACAUAUAAACUACCCAUGUUGAAAGAGAAAUUAAUUAUACUUGAAGAUGAUAAUUCUGGUGGUCCAACUUGCCACCCAUUCCCAACCCUCUUCCCCUUUCCCUGCCUCCACUAAAGAACCUGGAAAGCUAAAUGCUCACUCUCCUAGCCUCCCUUGUAGCUAGGGGUAGCCUUGGGACACAGCUCUGGCUAGGGGACUUCAGGGAAAACUUUUGCUUUCUGGAUUAAAAUGAUAGAUGCAGCUAGGGCACCUCUUCUCCCUCUUUCUUCCACAAACACCAAAGUGGUGGCUGGAGCUGCAGUAUCCUUUCAACACCAGGGAAGGACGGACCAAGAGAACCACAGAGAUGUCAGUCCCCCAUGUUGCUGAGCUGCUGAUCCAACACCAGCCCUUGCCUAUCUCUAGACAGCUAAUUAUGACAUAAAACUAGUUUUAUUGAGAUUUCUAUGCCUGUUACUAGCACUUGAAAGCUAGUUUGCCACAUAGACUUUUUUCCCCCAAGCUUUAAUUUUGCAUCUUCCCUAGCCAUUUGAUACACAAAUAGGUGAAGUUUUCUUAAACAGAGUCUGCAGUUCAUCUCUAUUUUUGUAUACUUAUGCUCUGCCUCUGCCCCUGGGCUCGUCUCACAGAAGGCUGAGGCACCAGCAGAGCUCAAAUUUUUUAACAGGCCUUAGCAAAUCAUCAGACUGGUAAUUUAGAGAAUUUAUUUUUGGCAAAUUGGAUUUUGACAAAUUUUUCAUCCUGGAAGUAGCUUUCUGUACAUUGAUUUUCAGCACACUGACCUAGAGUCAAAUAAACACAUGACUUGGUUUUUGAGGCUCUCCAUAAAUCAGUUCCAGAAAUGCUUAUUAAAUAUUUACUAAUUGCUAGCACUUAGGUUGGUACCAUGUGUUGGGUAUUCCUUGGAGAGUCAGACUCGGUUAGAGUUACGGGGUUCAGAAGGGCACACAGUGCACUGUUUAUCUUAGGAAAAAGUUGGAGGCAACCUAUGUACCCAUCACUAAGUGAAUCAGUAAGUGCAAUAUGGUACAUAUUAUGCAAUACUAUGCAGAAGUCAGAAGGAAUAAAGUAGAACUAACAAAGCAAUGUGGAUAGAUCUUAAAUAUAAAGGUGGUUAAACACAAAUAAGAAUCAGAAUGGUAUUUAUAGCACAGCACUAUGUUGGAUGUGAAUCUUAUGUACCUCCUCAGAUUCCUUCCCUGCUGCCCACCUCCUGAUCGCCCAGUCAGUUGCCCUGGAAAUGCCAUCCUUCCUGUGCUGCCACCACACAGCCAGGUGGAGCAGCUGUUCAUCUAGAGUUUCUGACUCCUCUAGCCACUUCCAGAUUUGGAUGAAAUACCCUACAGAGCAUGGGAUCUGACAUUCCUGGAGGCCCCAAAGGCGCGAGAUGAUGUACAUACUACUUUUAGCUGGACUAAACUGCUAAAACUUUUUUAGCCUUUAUACAUUAUUUUAAU